CAUUCCUAGAGGAACCAGCUACCAUGAUGUCCUUAAACAGAAAUACAGCAUCUUUGAAUGGCAGCCAGGUCACGGAUGAGUUCUUCUACUCUUGGUGCCAAAAUGCGGCCGUGGCUUCUUUAUUCUGGACAGGAUUCGGGGUGCCCUGUUUCCUUCUGGGCUUUCCAGCCAGCGUGAUGGCACUUUAUGAGCUUCUCCAGAGACAAAGACAAAAAGUGGCCAAUGACAUGUUCAUGAUCAGUCUUGCCUUCAUCGAUUUGGCUUUCACAGCUUCCAUCCCAUUCUUUUUAUGCAAUUACAUUAUAUGGAGGAAUGUUCUGAUUGAGUGGAUUUCUUACUUCAUAUACAGCUUCAUAAUGGUUGGUAGACCUCUCUUUAUGGCUUGUGUUUGUGGAGAUUGUCAUGUUGCUGUAAUUUACCCCAUAGCAUACAAGACCAAUAAGAAACUGUUAGUCAUUAAAAAGAUUAUCUGUAUAAUCCUUUGGUUCAUUAUAAUGGGCUUUGGCAUAGUUCUGUCGUCCAUAUACUGGAUAAUCAUAUCUCCCAUUUCCUCCGUUCUUUUGCUCGUCUCUCUACCAGUUAUUUUUUACUGUGAUAUUUCAGUUCUUCUAGCUCUGAGAAAAACAGGUCCAGGUGGAAAUGGCAGCAUCCAUCCUCAGAAGAAGCAGGCCAUUCAUACUAUAUUAACCAGCUUCAUCAUGUCAUUCAUUGCCUACCUGCCACCAACAAUUAUUUUGUCAUUUGGAAAUAUGUUACUAACAGAAAACGAGCGUUUGUGUUCCUCAAUGUUCUAUGGAGCUUGUUUCUCCAUGGCAGGAAGUGUCAUUAUGCCUAUUUUAUAUCUGAAUAGUGUGGGGAAGUUUGACACUUUCAAGAAAUGGUGGAAGCCCUGAAACAAC